AAUGCAUUGAGGCGCCCAGGCCCGGGAAGGCGGCUUCACUUCCGGGUCCCAAUCCCGGCGGCUGGGACCGUUGCCAUAGCGACCAUUUUACGUUAACCGGCUUGUAGCUUUAUCCAGGUGGCUGCGCGACACCGGGGCGCCUCUCCCCCGCUCCCUCUCGGCGGCCUGGAGGUUUUCGCCAGCUCGGGGAGUCUGGCCUGGGGGUCUGCGUAGCCCCUGGGGGCGUGAUGGCUGCGGAGGCGGAGGACGAGGUGGAGUGGGUGGUGGAGAGCAUCGCGGGGUUCCUCCGCGGGCCGGACUGGUACAUCCCCAUCCUGGACUUCGUGGAGCAGAAAUGUGAAGUUUUUGAUGAUGAAGAAGAAAGCAAAUUGACCUAUACAGAGAUUCAUCAGGAAUAUAAAGAACUAGUUGAAAAGCUGUUAGAAGGUUACCUCAAAGAAAUUGGAAUUAAUGAAGAUCAGUUUCAGGAGGCGUGCACUUCUCCUCUUGCGAAGACUCGAACAUCACAGGCCAUUUUGCAGCCUGUGUUGGCAGCAGAAGAUUUUACUAUCUUUAAAACAAUGAUGGUCCAGAAAAACAUUGAAAUGCAGCUGCAGGCCAUUAGAAUCAUUCAAGAGAGAAAUGGUGUGUUACCUGACUGCUUAACUGAUGGUUCUGAUGUGGUCAGUGACCUCGAGCAGGAAGAGAUGAAGAUCCUGAGGGAAGUUCUUAGAAAAUCAAAAGAGGAAUAUGACCUGGAAGAAGAAAGGAAGAGAAAAAAACAGUUAUCAGAGGCUAAAGCAGAAGAGCCCCUCCUGUGCACUCAUGAAGCCGUGGAAAUGAGUAAUUCCCAAGGGGAUGGUGAGCGUUUGGCACAGCCACCCUCAGAAGUUAAGGUGCAUUUUGCUAAUCCGUCAGCACAACCCUUGGCAAGAAAGGUGAAAAUGCUGCCUGAAACUUCCUCCGUCUCACAAAAAGGCCUGAUGACUCCUGGCUUAGAACAUGCACGCAUUGAAGGACCAAUAGCAAAUUUAUCAGCACUUGGAACAGAAGAGUUGCGACAGCGUGAACAGUAUCUCAAACAGAAGAGAGAUAAGUUGAUGUCCAUGAGAAAGGAUGUAAGGGCUAAGCAGAUUCAAAAUACAGAAGAGAAAGGAACAUCUACUGGGGAGGCAGAGGAAAUGAGAGAGAAGCCAGAAAUGACAGCAGAGGAGAAGCAAACAUUACUAAAGAGGCGAAUGCUUGCAGAAAAACUUAAAGAAGAAGUUAUUAAUAAGUAAUUUAAAACAGCUUAGCAAAACAGAAGUUCCAAUUUGCUUAAAAAAUAAAUAAUUUAAUGUUUAAACCAAGAUUAGUUUCAAGUAAAUACUCCCUUUUGUAAAUGCAAGUAUUAAGCUCAUUAUUACGGUUGGGAUGAAGGGUAGUUGGGGAGGCAGCUACUUACCAAUUCAGUAUAAAUUUCUUGUAGUUUUCUUUUGGGGAAAAGGACAGCAUCAUUCUACCUUGGAUACCUGUUUAUGUCAGGCCACAGCGUGUUAUGUACUAAAGACAUAGCAGUUAACCUUCAUGGGCCUAAUGAAGUACUACAAAGAGCAAAGUACUAACAAGGAUAAAUGUAAUUACUGUAAGUUGGGCUGGCUAGGCUUGCUUGAGCAAAUUAUGAUUAAGCUGAUUGGAAGGGGUAACUGCAUGGAAAGAAGGAAUAGUUUAGGUCUUGCAGCAUGAAGUAGUGCAUGUAACUGAGGAAUUAAGAGUAUAUAUAGAAUGAGUAAAAGGGUUAGCAUAUACAAUUUAAGACUGGUGAGAUACUAAUCAUGCAGGGCCUUAUAAGGAAUGUGAAAAAUUUUAAAUUUUAUAAUAUGGCAGUGGGAAGUUACAUGAUGACAGUUAUUUUCAUUUUAGAAGAUGGGUGGCUGCUGUAUGGAAUGGUAAACAAUGGUAUCUUGGGCAUUUACUAUUUUUUGUCUGAGACAGGGUCUCAGUAUGCAAUUCAGGCUGGUGUUGAGCUCAUUAUAUAGUUAGUGGAGGAUGGUCUUCAGCUCCCACCAAUCCUCCUGCCUCAGCCUCUGGGAUUACAGGUGUGUGCCACCAUGCCCAGCCUUACCAUUACUUUUGAGGCAAGCCAGUUUGGACUUAGAAAAUAGAUGGGGUUACUAAAAAUACUGAAUUACUUACUAUGAUAUGAAAACAACAGAAGUGACUGCCUGUUGAGAGUACUACCACUGGGUGGAGAUCUUUUUUUCUAAGACCUUGAAAUGAGUUUCUGUAGUCGGUUUAAAGAUAACCAAAAUUUCUAUCGUUGUGCUGUCCUACAUUUACCCAGGACAACCAUAACGUUUAAUUCAUAAUUCCAUUUUAUCUCCUAUAACUAAAAUGAUAUAAAACUAGUUGAACAAAAUCUACUUAUUUUAGCUACCCAAUUCUACUGUUCAACUAUAGAAAACCUAGUAUUCUACGUUACAUUUUUAUCGCUAAAUGGACAGGAAAAACUAGUGAUUAAAACACAGAAAAAUUUCAUGUAACUUUUCAUUAAAAACAAUUUUUACAUGUGACACAUUUACGAAUACUUUAAGGAGACCUAAGGAAUACAAAUGUGGGUUCUUGCUUGCUUUAUUGAGUGACGGUAAAGAUACAAAUGUCCUGACCUGUCUGAUGGUAGUCAUUUAAAACAGCAGCUAAUGUGGAAUCUUCAUAGUUGUGCUUCUAAGGUAUUUUAAUCUCAUUGUGCAAGAAAAUAUUCAUCCUGCAUUUCAAGAAAACAUUCACAUUUGUCCUGUAAGAGUUCUUAGGAUGAGGACAAUGAUGACUUAAAAGUUUAAGACUUAUGACAGUUAUUCACCAUACUAAAGUCUUCAUAAAGUCCAAAUGUUACACUUCCUGCUGUGAUUUAGUCGAGAAUAAAUGGAAAUGUUUUAGGCUAGGCUGCUUACAUUAAGAAGGAAUUUAAAAAGAGCAAAAAAGAAGAGGCCCAAUAAAGCUUGCUGUGAAA